GAAGUCGCGUAUCGCUGCGAGUCGUGACGCUUGCACGGUCGGCGUGUUUCUGCUCCCAGCUACAGGCUUGACGGCGGUGCUCGCGGGAGCGCUCCCGCACCGGUGUGUGGAUACUUGCUGUGUGUACUCAACUGACCAGAGUUUCUUGACCGGUUGGAAGACGGACAAAAAGAGAUAAUUUGGACGACCCCGUUCAACGUGCUUCAGGCAGUGACAUUGUACCCGUCGGUGACGUUCGACAUACGAGGACAGCCUCGCUGUGUUGCUGACUCCCCCGAACAUCGGGAUCGCGCUCAACGCGAAACGACGACACCGGCGUCGCAAGCAUCACUGAGAUUGUUAGAAAGCUAAGGAUCGAGAGUGAUGGCACUGUUUGGGCGUGCCGAGGGUUGCGGCACGCCAGGAGGCUACGGCCCGGAGGCGUCGAGGCCCUGCCCGGCUCCCUGAGCCCGGCGGUCGUCGCGCCAUGCGGCAGCAAAACCAACGCUGGCGGUGGCCAGGAUGGCCCAGCGGACCUUCAUGCAAGGUUCCGGGUGCCCGGCGACUGUUAGCUCGAAAAGGAUGGUGGGCCAUACUGAUGGGCGUCGCCUUCUUUGGAUGCCCAUCCGCAGCAGCAAAGCCUGACGGUGAUCUAUGCAGGUGGAUGAACGGGCGCAAGUACUACGUGGCUUUGGGUGAGAUAGGCAGCAUCAACGCCAUUAACGUUACAGCGGAUGGCGCCGGUGCCAACUCGAGCAGUGGUGACCGCGACCCGAAUCAACCGAGGAUCCCGCAGCGGUGCAGCGUCGAACUCAUCACUUGCCCGAGCUGCCACAUCGUCGUUUCCAUACUGUACAUCAACAUACCCACUUGUUCGAGCGAUGGAUCAUGCCAGUGCGACUACGUGUGGGUGAAAGAGCCAACAGUUGGAAAGUCGGGCCAAGAAUUCUGCGGCAUAAGGUCCAACCAUACGGUCCAGAAGUACUACUCCAAGACCAAGCUAGUCUCCAUAGACUUCCUGUACAGCUACUCGUACGCCGACGCCUUCAACAUAGAGUUCACCGCGGAGGGUAACAUCUACACUCACGUGGGCCAAGCGGAUUACCACCACAAGGGCAGUGCGUCAGGCUACCUGGAGUCGCCACACUUUCCGGUCUCCUACCCGAGCGACUACGGCGUUGAGCACACGAUGCGGAACUUGGACAGCCGGGGCUUCGUUCAGCUCGUUUUUACGGACUUCCAGAUCUCGCCCUGGUCUUACGUCGAGCUGAUCAACAGCAACGGUUCGCGCUUGGACGUUUUCAACGGCAACACCUUCCGGCCACCCAUCGUGACUUCCGACGGGCCCGUCAUGGUGCUGCGCUUCCGAGCGAACGACGAGUAUCCCGACUCGGGCUUUCGAGCGAAAUUUACGUUCGUCAACUAUCCCGAAAAGUACUGGUUCAACAAGCCUUCGACAGACUGCGGUGGUGUUGUGGAAGAUCUUGGUGGCGCAAUCACCAUGAUGAACAUGGCAAAUCCUGGAUAUACACGCAACUUUGACUGUAUUUGGCUUCUUCGCUCCGAGACCACCUAUGCCUACGAAACACACAUUUCUGUACGAGUGGCCCAGUUUGAAGAAAUGGGCCCAGAUUCGAGCCUUGAGAUUCGACAGGGUCUCACGUCUCUCUCUUUCCUGCUCGAAUCUCUAACGGGCCAGCAAAGCCACAAGACACCACAGGGCCAGGAGUACAUCAUUUCAGCCAGCGUUGGUUUCUACAUACGGCUCCAGGGAAGCUUCAGCAACAAGUCACGUUUGGCAAUUGUUUACUCAACAUUUAGUUACGAAAGAGCACAGUGCCAAUCUUCUGGAGAUUUUGAAUGCGGAAAUGGAAGGUGCAUAAAGUCCAUCUUGCACUGUGAUGGGUUCAACCACUGCGGUGAUGGUUCUGAUGAGUCUGCAUGUUAUGCCGUGCCUGGUUCAGGAAGCCAGCUGUCACCUAGGGACAGUAACUGGUGGCGCAGUUUGACACCAAACUACUACUUUCCCAAGCAAGAAAGCUCGGCGGCUGCUGGAACCAACACGCUCAUCUUAAUCACCAGCCUUGCAGGACUGGGCAUGUUUGUUCUCACCACUGUUAUGAUCCUGGUCAAGCUGCAUAAACAGCGAAGACUUGAAGUGGUGGGCAGGGAUGCCCUGCGAACCAUCAGCGCAGACGUUGAGAGUGACGCAGGGUCUAUCGGUCAUGGACGGCACCCAUUUGGCGUCAAUGAUGCUCCACUUUAUGACCCGCCACCAUCUUAUGAAGAGGUGAUCAAGUUCUACAUGCCACCACCCCCAGCUUACAAUGUAAUUGUCGAGACACAUUCUGCAGCUGCUGUUAGCUCAAAUCCUAACCCUAGCCACCAUAGUGCAAGCGCGAAUGCCCCCACUCAUCACAUGGGAGGAGGUGUCAAGAAUGCAGCCUACAUACCGGAUGAGCUGCAGCACCCCUCUAGACAGGGAAGCAGCUCCUCUAGUGGCCAGCGACGGUCAUCCUCUUCAUCCAAAGCAACCCAUCUGCUCAGAGUUAUCCUGCCUCCUGUGACCGUCUUUGAGCGUGGUCCACAGCGUAGAAACAAGUCAACAUCUGUUGAUCCUAAGCAGCUGGGCUUGCGUUGCGAGCCUUCUAGUCGUGGCCAGUCAUCGCGGCAUCGGCACAGAUCUAUCGCAGGAGUACACGGCAGUGGCAGUGGCAACAGCAGUGGUAGCAGCAGUGUGCCUCCCGGCAGUGGCCUCACUCACACAAUUCUUGAUCGGCGUGCACCUAUGACCAGUGCCGAGUCACAUGGCAGCCUCUCUAGUCCAGCAAGGGACCAAGCAAGUCCCAGGUCUCUGUCUCAGGCACAAUGCCAGUGUGCAGGGGCAUGCUCUUGUGCGACACCUUCAAGAACAAAAGCGCGCUACCUGCUACACUCGACUGCUAAGUAUCGCCAUCUCGGUCAUGGCAGUGGCAAUACAUCAGCCACAAACCUGGAGCCAGCUGAAUGGUCACCUGAGAAAACAGCAAAAAGAGACUCUGCACGUUCCAGCGGUGAGAGAGCUACAUCCGAAACCACAGCAAAUGCCUGGGUUAAUCCACCACUUGAACCGCUGAAGACAAACCAGCCACAAGGUCUAAGACAUCCAACUUUCAGCAAUUCGGCUUCUGAAGAACCAAACGCUGACUUACAAGCAACUGAAAUGACCGUGUCAAAGGACACACAGCCACUUAUAAGGAGAACUUCAUCACUGCCAGAGCUGGCAGCAGUGUUGCCAGCACGUUUACGAGUGAUACCUCUAGAGGCAAUGCCAGCCACUGGACAGAACUCUGCUGCACAAUUUGAAGAAGAGGACUCGCCAAAGAUGAUCAUAGAGUCAAACCCACAGUGCGCACUGUAACAUAAAGCUAGAAAAAGUGUUCCUAUGUUAAAACACAAUGUAUGUGUGCAUGUGUACCAUCCCUAUGCUUUUCUGCUUUUGUGUGAAUGUCAAUUUCACUUGGCUAGAGAUGGAAAUACAGCCAAGGUCCUCACACCAAGAACACUGCAUUAUGACUUGCUGGUGUAAAAACUAAUGUCACCCCAUAGAAGAACAGACAUGAGUGUAUGUGUGUUCCAGUUUAGAUGUAUGUAUUGCCAACAAUAUAAGUAUUAUGGUGUGACAUCCCUCUUGAGACAUGCUUAUGAUAGCCAGUUGAACAAUGCCCUGUAAUCCUGUCACACCCAUAUGUACCUAAUGUGUGAAAUUUGGAUCUCCUAGUAUUCAAAACUACUGGCAUAAUCAUGAGAAGCUCUGUAAAAUAACAUUUUUGGCAUUUAUGAGAGGGAUUCACAUAUAUCUGUGCAGCCAGCUCCCUCUCUGGUCAUUGUAAAGAGUUUAGUUGUGUGUGUUAUAGCUUACCUCAAACAAAAUGCACCAGCACGUAUUUUCAGAAAGUUUUAGCUGUAAACAGUGGCUGACCUCCUGAGCCAUAUGAAGUGUGGACAGUGUACUGAAAGCCAUCAUCUUUCUUCUUGCCCUAUGUAGUACUAUGUCACCAUAAGAGUAGGUAAUUAAUCACAAAGAAGACAUUUAUUUUAAUAAUGAGCUGUCCUAUGUCAAUCAAAAAUGAAAAAAAGUAUGACGUAAAACGUCUUCAAGGAAGCCACAGUUGUUUUUCUGUGUAAUUUACACUACAAGACCAAUUGCGGCUACACUUCGCAAAGACUUACUUUCUGUGUGGUUUACUGCUGUGCAAAGAUAGAACCAUGCACCAAUAAACUAAUAAAUGAUGUUACAUGUAA